GGCGCCUGUCUGGAGGUGGGAGGUGGUGGAGGGUACCGUCCGCUGGCUGAGGUAGAGCGAUAUCCAGCCCACCAGGAGCAGCAGGUAGUUCCUCGUCUGCGGGUCGGCCAUCGUGAAACGAUGGAGUCGAGGGAUGGAGCUAAGGCUGGCUUGUGAGCAUCUUGUUUCCUUGCAGAAUCUGCGGUAAGGGCAGACACGCCCCUCCUCAGUAAGAGGGAAAUUCCCCUUGUGCGCCGCAAUGUCCAUUUCUAAAUAGAGCACCUCACGGAGAAACGUUUCUAGCCCUGUCUCUGCCUCUCUGGAGCCAAAGAUGUCUCUCUUCCAGCAAGCAUACGGCACUCCGUCCAGCCUAUCCCACGGGCGACCUCAGCAACAGCAUGGUAGCUCACCUCCAGGCCAAAUGGACACCAGUGGCUAUCUACCGGCCUUCCUACUUGGCUCCCCCACCCCUAAAUCACCGGCUCGCUCCAGACAUGCAGUAGCUGGAACCACUCCAAGACUCCAGGGACUGCGAGCCUCUACCUCCCUCCAGACCGACAGGGGUGCAGUGAUGGUAGGCAGUGGAGGCAGGAAGAUCUACAGCGAAGGGACUGCCAAUAAGCCAACUCAAGGUCUCCAGAGAGGAGGCAGUCUGAACUUUAGUCUGCUCCAGACAGCCAGCAGGACUGGUCAUACAGCAACACCUUCUACCAAUGCCCUCAUACUCCCCACCCCUGGUAUAGUGGGUGUGACUGGAGUGCGGGAAGAUGGAGUGACCCAGAUCAGCCCUCCCUCCCCACCUCAACUGGACCCUUUCUACUCCCAGGGGGAGUCUCUGGACAGUGGAGAUGGUCCAGGAGAGUGCUGGGUGACAGUGUUUGGGUUCCCUCCCUCCGCCUCCUCCUACGUCCUGGAGCAGUUCUCCCAGUACGGAACUAUCCUCAGACACUCUGUAUCUGCAGAUGGCAACUGGAUGCACCUCCUGUUUCAGUCCAGACUUCAGGCUAAAAAGGCUCUGAGUAAGAAUGGGAAGGUAUAUGGUAAUGGAAUCAUGAUUGGAGUACAGCCUUGUAUUGACAAGGCGGUGAUGGAGGGCUAUGUCCCAGGAGCAGGAGAUGGAGCUACUGCCAGAGCCCUCGGUGGAGUAGGAGGUGCAUUGUCUGGCCCCCUGGGCAGGCCUGCCACCAUCCGACCUCUGACUGCUGCCUACCAGGCCUCCAGUGGACCUAACCAGGUGGCCCCAGCUAAUCCUAACACUCCCCAGAAAAGCACGGGAUUCAUAUCGAAAGCAUUUGAAUACAUGUUUGGCUGGUAGCUAGCUGGCAGCACAGUAAACUGAAAUUCUCUCUGCUUGUCUCUUUGCUACCAUCCAGUCUUUUGCAUUGCCUCAACACAUUACUUUUGUAUAUAUUCCUCAUGUCAUAUACUAAUGUGUACACAGUGAUACAAUUCGCAGUGGGACCGCACGCCACUAUUACGGACGUGCAAUUGUUUGCAGAGUUAUGAAAGUGAUGCACAAAUACGUACGUGGGUUUGUUAAUGCCCGUACCAUUUUAGAGGUAGCUAUAGACAAUAUGCAGUGACACAUGGUAAAAAAAAAGAAGUGCAAAGAUAGAGAAAAAGAGAGACACGUACAUAAUCAGGUAGAUUGAAGUUUUUAUGAUGUGCAUCAUACGUGUGUGUCGUGUAAUCUCUGGUAUAGAGGUCUAACACUUUGUCGUCUUCUUCUCACUACACAUGUCGUAAUGUGAGAGAGUGCCACUGCUACCAGGACCACGACUGCCAGACAGAGCAAUAGACCAGGGAACAACAGCACGUCUUGUCUCCUCUCAGUCUCCACACUCAGUGCACCUCCGUUGUAACUGCGGCAGUGGGUGCCGUCCUUCUCGACGUGAAGUACGGUGCACACCUGGGUGAAACUGUAGGGCCGGUAGAGGAGGUCCACACUGACCAGAUCUGAUCGGAUAGGCUCCUGAGUUACCGCGCUCGCCACCUCUUUCAAACGUGUCACAUUAUAGCUGCAGAUGUAGCGCUCAUAGUUCAGGAAGCACGGUGAUUGAGGCGGCGGGGAUACGUAGGUGGAAUAGUAACCUGCUUCUGUUACUGGGACCACACGCUCUGAGCGUUCUGCUGGUGGAUGUA